GCCAGGAUCGCGCACCAGACAUCACUAGUGUAUAUAUCUAUAUAGAUAUAGGGGAGGCAAAGUGCUUAAGUUACAACAUCAGAGCUUUGAGUUCUACCAAACAUAAAGUAAGUAGUAUUGCAUGCUUACAUAAAAAAGAGAGCUACAUCUACCAGCACCUCUCGUCUUAUCCCAAGACUCUUUUGUCCAAAUUAAGCAAAAUAUUAUGCCAACUCCUUUUGUUUCAGCAACAAGAUAUGCCGAUUUUUAUAAAGGUCGAUUCAUUUGAGCUUUAUUAUUCUGAAAGUCCUUUGAUUCUACUCUUUCGAAUCAUGUUCUUUUGAAGAUUGAAAGAUCCAAAACAUAUUAUUCUCUUCUUGCAGUGUGUUAUUUUGGAAAUUUACAUGGUGAUAUCGGGAGGUUCCUCCUCCUCCAGGUCAGAGGUACGACCAUCCUCGGUGUGGAUAAGGUGUUCCUCUUCAGUUUGGUGGCCAACAAAAUUCUCAAAUUCCUCCAUGGCCUCCAACAUAACACUCUUGUUCUUCCUUUUUCCACCAUUCACCUUGAAUUUGGAUUUGAUAUUAAAGGUAUUAGUUGCAUCUCGAGGUUUCCUGGCGACCAGAGGAUUUCGGAUCUUGGUCCGAUGAGUCAGGCCUGUAAUUGGUUGUGGAAUAUGAACCACCGUGUGUUUAGGUGUCUCAUCACAAUGGUUGUUCAACUGAGGUGAAACUGUGUAAUGAUUCCCUGAAUAUGGAAUACCCGGACCGGCGUGUAAAGAUUUUGUUUCCGGUUGACAAGCGUUGGAGUUGUCCUUGGUGUUGGUUGAAAUUGGGCUAAGGUUGUGCCCUGCAGAGAUGAUUCAAGUACGGUUGUAUGAACUGCCUGGGCUGCACUUAAAAUGAUAUCUGGGGCCAUAUGGGCCUUGCUUGCCUCAUUAUGAUCUUUUGUAGCAGUUCUUUUGGAUACUUAUGUUGGAGUUUUCCUUAUGUCAAUUUUUCUCUUACCCUGUACAUGUUUGGGCUUGUUAAUACCGGUGGACGCUGAUCAUAUUUCAAAGGUGUUGGGCCCUUUACUCCUAUAUGAUCUCUUCCUCUUCAUUGUUGUAAUUCAGAGCUGCAAAUGAGUUACUCAGGGUUUUUGACUUUGUUCCCGUUGUAAGUUUUCUUUUGUCAGUAGACAUUGAGCUGCUUUUCAAUGGAUCCCUCCAUACCUUUUGGUACUUUUCUUUUGUUAUUAUAUUUUUAUUAUUACUUGAACAAAAUAUUGGAUUUUCGGAACAAUCAUAAAGUUUUAUGCUGUAUUUUCUAGCCCAGAACUAAAAAGCCCAGGUUUAUGAAUAGGCAGUCCAAAUGGGCCCAACAUCCUAACCAAACAAAUAGCUAAUUAGAGCCAAUAUAGACCUUCAAUAACCCGUCCGAGUACAAACCCGAUCCGAGUCAGAAGACGGCUGAACUGGAAGUUCAUUGGCUCUAACGUAAACGUUCUCACUUCUCUAGUUUUGCCUGGAUUCAAUCUCCGCUUUCAACUCUUACUGGUAAAACCCCUUUCCGUUUGUUCUCUUUCGUAUUUAUGAUUAUGAUUUUGUCCUACUUUUUCGUGAAUUCUCGUGAAGAUCCUUCCGAAUUUCGUUUUUGAUCUGUUUUGUCUUGCUGAAACAUGUUUUCGUUGUGCUCAGCUGAAGAACAACAGCUCAUUAGAUUGAUUGGUUCCAUUGAUAGAUUAAAUUGUUCUGUUACAUUGUCGAUUCCGUUAUUUCCCUCAGAAUUGAGAGAUUUCGUCAGAUUCUAGUUUUGGGUUUCCAUGGAUGUGUAAAGAUCUCAUCUUUUUCAUCUCUCGCUUUAUUUUGUUAAAGUUCAAUUGAAGUGAUGGGUGCAUAAUUUUGAUGAUGUUUGUAACCUUCACUGGAAAUUUUUAGUGCAAGAUUGUGGGCUACGAUAUUGUGGGUAAUGGGAUGAACUUUUUGAGAUUGUUCUAGUGGGUCAUUCUGCUGGGAGAUUUUCUAAAGCCUGCAAAACACUUUAUUCAAACCCUUGAUUUCAAUAGCUGGAGUUUCAGUUCAAUCAUUUGAGUAUGCAUAGCUUAACUGUACUUUGAUUUCCUUAUGGUUGUUUGUAGACCUAGUACAUUAAUGAAUUAGGAACUCUUUGAUUAUUUCAUAGGAUUCCUAAUUGUAACUGGGGGCAAUGGCGGUUAGCAAUGGCUCAAGUGUCUCUAAGGAGAAAUCUAGCGAUCUUUCUGAUGAACUACCUACCAUCAACGCUGAGAAUAUGCAGAGCAACAUGAAAGUCAUAUAUUACUGCCGAACUUUCAUGUCUAUUAUUGGAGGAGUCAUUGCUGGAAUCCUGGGAUUUACUGGCCUGAUGGGCUUUAUCUUUUAUUUCGUGGUAAUGGCAUUAACUUCAAUAGGCAUAGCUGCAAAGGCUGGUUUUUCUGUCCAUUCAUACUUUGAUAGCUGGAAUCGGAUCGUGCUUGAUGGUUUUCUUGGCGGGCUCAUGGUAUAUAACUCUUCUCUUCUCUAUAGUUUUGCUCUAGCUGUUAUGUUAUAUUGUGUUUCAUUUUGAUUUUUGUUUUGUCCAAAUUUGGUUUAUGUUACUGGUUUUAAAUCGCAAUGAGUUUGAUCUUUAAAACUGACGUGUUUAUUUCAUCUCUUGCAGUCAUUUGUGCUAUUCUGGACGUAUCCUGCAUCACUGUUUUGAGUAAUUUUUUUCACCUUUAUUGCUCAUCUUUCUCCACUUUAUUUUACUUUUGAAUGAUAGAGAGGGUGAAUUGGGAAGUGAAUGAUGUGGCUCAUAUGAAAUUUAAUAAAGAAAAAACGGAAGAAGCAAUACUCUUUACAAAUUGCAUCAUGAUAAAUUGUAGUUAUUUCUUUCAUUUAUGCCACAUGCCUCACUGUUCUUAUUAUUACUUCUCCAUCGGCAUUACGGUUGGAAUGAAAGUUUUGAGAAAUUAGUGUUAAAAGACAAACUACUUCUCUUUCCCAUCAAUGUGUGUUGUGACAGUGAAGUUUAUGCAUUCUACUUGUUUGAGUUCCUAUUAUAGGUAAACUUUCUCCAGUUUUCUUUGUUUUCGACUUUCCUUGACACGCGAAAACAGAUUUGCUUAUGACAUCGUGCACAUAUUCUGAUGAACUCUCUGCGAAUCGCUGGUUGGCCUCAACUGGAUUGUUUGAUUACGUCCAUCACUCCAGAAAGGAAAGAGUCCAUUGUUCCAGAAAGGAAGGAGUUACGAGAUAUACAAGUCUCCAUAGUUUUAGUCAUCUUAUUACUUUUUGUCGUUUGUUCCUUUUAACACAAGAUUCUAUCGUGCAAAAAGCAUGUAAAGCGGGACUGCAGAGCAACAUAUUCAUUCUUCUCAUUAAUUUAGUAUCAGUUUCGUUCCUGCUGUCUUUUUUGAGAUACUAAAUUAGUAAAUGUGAUAUUUUUCAUCAUUUUACUUGACACAGAUUCAUUCAACUGUCCAAUCUGAU